CUCAUCACUUGUUUGGAGGGACUGAGUGAGGGUGGACCCCGACACGCCCGAAAAUAAACCUUUUGCUCUUGCAUCUAAAAAAAAAAAAUUGUUACUUAGUAACCUUAUCAAGUCAGGACACUAAUUAAUAUGACCUGGACAGCCCCCCAAUAAUCAAGGCAGAGUCCUAUGGUCUUUCACAAUCAUCUUUAGCACUGUUACUGGGGGAUUACCCCAAUCUAUUUUUCUAUACCCGAGACUGUUAAUUCCCCAGCUGUGUUUCCCGAGUCCUUGCUGUUAGAGUCUCCCCUGGGUUAUUUCUGCUCCAUCAGCCUGUCCUCAGGGGGAUAUUUCACCCUGCCUCAUGCUGCUGGCUCGUAACAUCUAAUGGAGACCUCCUCUUCUCUCUGCCUUUUUUCCUUCUUCUUUCUCCUUCUCCUGUCUCCUUCUUUCUCCUCAUUCUCCUCAUGGUUCCUACCUGUGACCCCCAGCCCGGUAACUGAAACCCAGCCUACCUCUAUUCUCCCCAGUAAUUGGCUAUGUGUAUUAGUCAGGGUUCUCUAGAGUCACAGAACUUAUGGAUAGUCUCUAGAUAGUAAAGAAAUUUAUUGAUGACUUACAGUCGGCAGCCCAAUUCCCAACAAUGGUUCAGUCGCAGCUGUGAAUGGAAGUCCAAGGAUCUAGCAGUUACUCAGUCUCACACGGCAAGCAGGCGAAGGAGCAAGAGCAAGAGCUAGACUCCCUUCUUCCAAUGUCCUUAUAUUGUCUCCAGCAGAAGGUGUCACCCAGAUUAAAGGUGUGUUCCACCACACCCUUAAUCCCAGAUAAAAAGGUGUAGCCCAGAUUAAAGGUGUGUUCCUUAAACUCGGAGAUUCAAUCUUCUGGAAUCCAUAUCCACGAUGGCUCAAGAUCUCCAAACCAAGAUCCAGAUAAGGAUCUCCAAGCCUCCAGAUAAGAGUCACUGGUGAGCCUUCCAAUUCCGGAUUGUAGUUCAUUCCAAAUAUUGUCAAGUUGACAACCAGGAAUAGCCACUACACUAUGGCUCUUUUUAUUUAACCAAUAGCUUUAAACUGUGGGGUAAGGUUUACAUAGCAUCAUUGGCAUACGUGAGGAUCUGCUCAUUGGGGGUUUAUCAGGUCUUGGGGGGUCAGUAUUUAGCACUGAAUACACAGCAGCACCAGACCAACCUCCAACAAGAAACCUUUUCUCCCAGCUGUGAAAAAGCCACAUUUCCCCUUUUCUUCUCAGUAGCCAUGUCCAGAGAAUAUCUAGAAAAAGGAGGGGAGUGGGGAAAGACCCAACAAAAGCUCACAAGGCCUCCUGAGAAAACAAGCAAGCCUCAGGCUUUCCUCUAACUGAGUAUUUUUAUGAACUGCGGUGAAAAAAAAUUCUCAUUUUGCCUAAAAGGGUUCUAGCACUUAAACACGUGCUUCUGAAAAAAUCCCUCCGGGCCAUCAGAGUGGAUUCAAGGGCAAGUCUGUGUAAUUCCAGCGUGUCCCUAGUUUCUGGUUUUCCUCAGAAGACUGUGUGCUCUAGUGGCAUUCAGAUGUCACUCUUGGUGGGAGUGGACCCCAGCAGCAGAGCAUAUGUCCAAGGCCUUGGGGUUCCAUCCCCUAACCCCAAAUCCCAUUUAGAGCAUUAACUUCGAAUGCUUUCCUACAACCCAGCAAAUUUCAGAACAAAAACCUUCUCUAUUAACCAGACCUUAGGUUAACAAAAUGUAUAGAGAAACACUUGUAAUUUUUUUGCCAUCUUUUAGAAAAUCCAGUGCAUGCCCCUUGGAGAGACAUUUGGGUCUGGCUGCAGAGCUCAUUCCUGAACCCGCAGACUGGGAGGUUUCCCUUCUGGACGGAAGAGAAUUGAGCUGUCAUUCUUCUCUCUUGUUUUCUAGUGAGGGAUUCUGGGAGGGGAAGUUUAGUUAAGGAGGGUAUUUGCAGGAGGUUUAGCUUAGCUUGAGUGACUCAUUCAAGGUCGGGCAAGGAGAAAACGAAGCGAGGGUGAGACACCGCUGGCUACCUCUUAAAAAUCUCAGACCCUCUGUGGCCUUUCAUGGAUUAAAAUAUGGUCGAAGUUGAGGUUUUGUGGUGUUAGCCCCCUCCCCUCCCCAGCAUUUCAGGAGAGGCUUCCUACAAGCCCCAUCGCCUUCUAUCCCCAGAAGGAUAGGUUGCGGAGCCCCAGAAACCACUCACUGCAAACCGCACCAGCAGCUUCUCUCUAACCUUAGAGAGCCUCUGAGACUGAGGGGAUAACUCUAAUGGAAGGAAAAAUGGAUUGGCUCAGGUGUCUAGACAGCUUUGUGUGUGUUGAGUAUUCACGCAGAGUAGCAGCUCAUAUCCACCACCGAGGAGAAAGAUGGCUCAGCAAUGCCCCGUGUGAAUCUAAGCCCGGCUCAGUUUGUGGUGUCGCCUGGGAGGUACUCUUCUGUUUUGCUUAAGUCUUGAACCUCUAGCCCGCUUCAGGAUUGCUCAGACUGCACUUUCCUGACCGCUGCUUUCUCUGCACAGGAAAUGUCUGUAGGGCUGGCAAGUACUUCUUCCUGUCUCUGCACUCCCACUCCAAAUGGUGCAUUCAAUAUUCGAGAACCACUAACUGUCUUCCCUCUUAGCCUGGAACACACUUUGUCCUCACAUUUUCAGUUAGCUGGCUUAGAAGCCCUGUGUCUGUCCUGAACCUUUGUCAGACAUCUAAAGACCUCAACUUAUAAACUGUAAAUACUACUCUUGUAAGCUCAUAAGAGACCUAAGAAUCCCAUUUUCUUCAUCUAAAGUGAUUUUUCCAAUAUAGCAGUAUGAGAAUAGGAAGUAGGGGAAAAAUCCCCCAGACACCAGAGGGCUAGGACUAGAGUUGACCAUUUACUUAAAAUAAUCAAAGUAAAAGCUUCUUUAUUUCUUUAACACUUUUUAUAUCAUGUUUUGAAUAUCUAUAGGUGUGUUCUAGGGUGAACUGAUAUAACAGUGUACAAAAAUUCUAGAGAGGACAGAUUAUCAACCAAAUGAGUAAUUUACACAUGGUAUUAGUAAAUGAUCUUUGCUUUGAAGAAAAAUAAGGGAGAGAUGGAGUCUGGUGGCUUUGAGCAAAGCCUUUAAACAGGGCUAUGUUGGCAUCUGAAAGAAGUUGAGUCCCAUCCACAGGACAUGGCACAUGCGAAGACGCCAGGAAGAUCCCCUGGCAGUGACUGAGAAAAUGACAGAGCCUGGUUGGGGCAGAGCUUGCAGAACCUUGUAGGCGAUGAGAGCACUCUGGCUUUUGUCAGGAGAUGAGGAGUUAGGGGAGGGCUCAAAUAUGGGAGCAAUGGGCCCUGGGUUGACAAGUCAUUAGUUGGAAGGUCAGGGGAAUGGUUGAGGACAAGCAUAAAAGAAGACAGAAUUGCGGCCGGGCGUGGUGGCGCACGCCUUUAAUCCCAGCACUCGGGAGGCAGAGGCAGGCGGAUUUCUGAGUUCAAGGUCAGCCUGGUCUACAAAGUGAGCUCCAGGACAGCCAGGGCUAUACAGAGAAACCCUGUAAACAACAACAAAACAAAACAAAACAACAAAAAAAAAAAAAAAAAAAAAAGAGAGAAUUGCGAGGAUACCGCUGAAAUGAGCCCAGAAAUCACUCGUCCUGGAAAUUAUAAAAAACACUGUGGGUGUUCACAAAAAAGGAAGAGUAUUGUGUUUAUGGAAUACAAAGUAAGAUCAGGAAAAACAUUUUAAAACGCGCUUCAGUUGGGAGGCAGAAAGUUCAGUUUGGGAGCUACUGUGCUACCGCAUCUAGUCUGAUGCAAUGGACUUGAGAGUCCUGGUGAGCUGUGCUCCACAAUGAAUCUUCUCCGGAGCUAACAGCGUUUGACCUGUGCAUUUCAUAAUAAGCUUUCAUGGGCCUUCUCAGGUUGCUCUCCCCUUCCUAUUUCCCCAAAUUGCCUGGGUGCACGUUAAAAAACAAAACAAAACAAAACAAAACAAAACCAAAAAUAGGGUCCAUCUCAUUCUGUGAUUAUAGCAGGACUACAGGAGAAUCCCUGUGAUGACAAAGUUUGGGAAGCUGACCACACUUUGAGAGGUUUGUUGAGAGCUAGAAAACAGCAAAGGUCGUCCGUGAGGGCCGGCAGGUGGCGCCACAUGAUCGUGAGCAGCUGAGGGCUCACAGAGUCACGGAGACCGCAGGUCCUCGGCGUUGCUAGGGCCACCCUGUCACCGCGAAUCUCCAGAGGAACCGCAUGCAGGGGUAGUGGGCUGGGGGGCUUGACUAGUAUCCCGAUUUGGUUUUAGGCUAUGUGCAUCGUAAGCUGUCUCCAGUCCGGCUCUGGUGCUCCCAGGGAAGGAGGGCUCAGCCCAUUCUGCGGCGACACGGAGCCCCGUGGAGCCCGCAAGUCCCUGCAGCAAGGACCCGAGGCCUCGCGCCUCAGGGCAGUAUUGCAGGGCUGCCAAGCCGCGCGCGAGGAUCUACUACAGAGACCCCACAGGGAGCGCCGCACCCGCGGACCGCUCCCUUUCAUUGGCCGCCUGGAGGAAGACCACGCCCCCAUCCCUACAGCGCUCAUCUUUGACUGGCUCUUGCAUCCGGGAUGGCCACGCCUCCUCCCCGCGCAUACACAAGAGUCACGCGCCUUUCAGUUGGAAACUUGGCAUGCAGAGGAGGACAGUGGCCCUCAUCUCCCCGCCCACCUCCCGUGCCAUUGGUGCGGCACGCCGACUGCGACCACGCCCCCAUUCCAGCCCCCUGGCUGGGAAGGCGGGCACCCGCUCUUGAUUGGCUGGCAGACCUGCCUCUCGCGGGAGAGGCUAGCACGCCCCUCCCUCCGCUCCCUCCUCCCUCGAGCCCGGGGGUUCCUCAGCUGGCUCAGUCCGAAUCAGUGUCAUUCAGAGAGAAGGACAGCUAAGGGCUGGGCGCGAACGCGCGGUUGCAGUCCUGCUCGGGCGCCGGUGCCUGCGCUCGCGCCGCCGGGUGGGAAGGAUGAAGCCUCAGCUGGAGCAGCCACCCUAUGAUUGGCUGUGGCGCUUGUGAACCCGAAGUAAAGAUGGCGGGCGGGCAGGCAGCCGCCGCACUGCCCACUUGGAAGAUGGCGGCGCGCCGCAGCCUCAGUGCCCGCGGCCGGGGGGUCCUGCAAGCAGCUGCGGGCCGGCUGCUGCCGCUGCUACUGCUGAGCUGCUGCUGGGGAGCGGGCGGCUGCACAGCGGCCGGCGAGAACGAGGAGACCGUGAUCAUCGGGCUGCGGCUGGAGGAUACGAACGACGUGUCGUUCAUGGAAGGGGGUGCUCUGCGGGUGAGCGAGCGGACCCGGGUCAAGCUGCGGGUGUACGGGCAGAACAUCAACAACGAGACGUGGUCCCGCAUCGCCUUCACUGAGCACGAGCGGCGCCGGCACACACCCAGCGAGCGUGGGCUGGGGGGCCCCGCGCCUCCGGAGCCGGACAGCGGCCCCCAGCGCUGCGGCAUCCGCACCUCAGACAUCAUCAUCUUGCCCCACAUCAUUCUCAAUCGCCGCACAUCGGGCAUCAUCGAGAUCGAGAUUAAACCGCUGCGCAAGAUGGAGAAGAGCAAGUCUUAUUACCUGUGCACGUCUCUCUCCACGCCCGCACUAGGCGCCGGCGGCUCCGGGUCUGCGAGUGGCACCGUCGGGGGCAAGGGUGGCGCGGGGGUGGCCGGACUCCCGCCUCCUCCGUGGGCCGAGACCACCUGGAUUUACCACGACGGUGAGGACACCAAGAUGAUAGUGGGCGAGGAGAAGAAGUUCUUGCUGCCCUUCUGGCUGCAAGUGAUCUUCAUCUCGCUGCUGCUGUGCCUGUCGGGCAUGUUCAGCGGCCUCAACCUGGGGCUCAUGGCUCUGGACCCGAUGGAGCUGCGCAUCGUGCAAAACUGCGGCACGGAGAAAGAGAAGAAUUAUGCCAAGCGCAUCGAGCCGGUGCGCAGGCAGGGCAACUACCUGCUGUGCUCGCUGCUGCUGGGCAACGUACUGGUCAACACCACGCUCACCAUCCUGCUGGACGACAUUGCGGGCUCAGGCCUUGUGGCGGUGGUGGUCUCCACCAUUGGCAUCGUCAUCUUCGGAGAAAUCGUGCCCCAAGCCAUCUGCUCCCGACACGGCCUGGCGGUAGGGGCCAACACCAUCUUCCUCACCAAGUUUUUCAUGAUGAUGACAUUCCCCGCUUCUUAUCCGGUUAGCAAACUGCUGGACUGCGUCCUGGGCCAGGAGAUAGGCACGGUCUAUAACCGGGAAAAACUGCUGGAGAUGCUCCGGGUUACUGACCCCUAUAACGACCUCGUUAAGGAAGAGCUGAACAUCAUCCAAGGGGCGCUGGAGCUCCGCACCAAGACGGUGGAGGACGUGAUGACUCCCCUCAGGGACUGCUUCAUGAUAACCGGCGAGGCUAUCCUGGACUUCAACACCAUGUCGGAGAUCAUGGAGAGUGGCUACACUCGAAUCCCGGUGUUCGAGGGAGAACGUUCCAACAUCGUGGACCUGCUCUUUGUCAAAGACUUGGCCUUCGUGGAUCCGGAUGACUGUACUCCCUUGAAAACCAUCACCAAGUUUUACAAUCACCCUUUGCACUUCGUUUUCAACGACACCAAGUUGGACGCUAUGCUGGAAGAAUUUAAGAAAGAUGUUAGAGGAAGCCCUGGCUUUUAGUUAGUUCCUUUUAUACUGCCAUCAGCAGUGUGAACUCCAGGGCUUCAUGCACACCAAGCAAGUGCUCACAGCGCUAUAUGCCAGCCCUCUUUCCCCUCCCUCCCUUGCUCCCUCCCUUCGUUCCUCCUUUCCUUCCUUCCUUCCUUCCUUCCUUCCUUCCUUCCUUCCUUCCUUCCUUCCUUCCUUCCUUCCUUCCUUCCAUGCCUGUGUUCAGCCAGUGGUAGUCUGAGUCUGUUUUCUUAUGGAGUAAAGACAGACGGAGGGCAUCUCCUGAUCUUUACUUGAGAGUGAGUAGCUUCAGUUUUCUUGUUUGCCAGUCUGCAAUCAUAGAAGCAAUGUGCUGACUGGACUCAGAGUCUCUGUAGAGUGGCAUUUGGGGUUUAGAUGGUCCUGAGACUCAGGCAAGACUAGGAACUGUUUUAGCAGAUUUUAUGGCGGGAAAUUAAGAAGAAAAACAGCUAGAACAAUACAAAUACUCUCUCCUAAGGCGAGUUUUCUUAUGUCACUUGAUUUAAAGCUGGGCAGGAAUAAUCUCUGUGCAGAGGACAUUACUGAGCAGAGGCCAAAGCUUUGUGUCACCCUCUGCAUUGGAGGCUGUCACCAUCAGGAUGUCCUUGAAGACCUGAGGUUUCAGGAAACCAGGGAGACACAGUGAAGCCCUCUGCUCUUUGUGUGUGUGUGUGAAAUAAAGAAUUAGGGUCUAGGGUUGCAAUUUAUUUUAAAACAUGUUAUCAGAUGAGCAAAAUGGAGGUUAGCUGCCUGGACUACAACUCUUUGAUCCGAUAGCUCCGAUGAAAUGAAAGAUUGGUGACAGAGUUCAGAGCUGACUGGAUGUGCACCCGGAGCACUGCUGCCCUGAAGAGAGCCAUGGAGAUUAUGGGAACCAGUGCAUCUGCUUGUCUGUAGAUACUGCCACUGAAAAACCGAUCAAGAAGAGGAAAGAAGAGUAAAAGCUGUGGACUAGGACCCCGUGCCUGAAGUGCACUUAGAAGGUUCAGGACUAUCUUAUACUGGUUACUAAAAUAAAAAGACGUUUUAACUUUGGUCAGGACCAGGUAUUAGUUGAGUUUUAUAAAAUCUUGUAUGGUCUUGGAUAAAAAGAUUACUGGAUGGUGAAGCCCACCAGUUGGCCCGUACCUUCAAGGAGGCAUCUUUGUGCCUCCCUCUGGAGCAGGAGCUGACUGUGAUGUGGAGGAUGGACCAACACAUCCACAAUGGGUUAAGGGACCACAGAGGCUGAAACAAACGUGUUGGCAAAAGAGCCUUUAAUUGGUUUAAGCUGGCUUAGCUCCCAUUAGCUAAAUAUCCAACAAGUCAGUGGUUCGUGCUUUCUCUGUGACCUCCGCCCACAGGCCACUCUCCAAGCCAGCUAUUAGAGAAGCUGUGAGGUUUGCUGCCUUUUCCCCAAAUGCUGGUGAUGUCCCUUUCCAGCAUUCAUCCACCCAGCCUGGCAGCGUGAGGCCCCAGCCAUCUGCUGAAUGUUAUAAGCAUGUCCACAAGGCUUACUUGAUCCCACCACCCAUUCAAAGGGAAAUGGAGGUGUUUCUGGCAGAGUUCUGGGCUGUAGGCAUUCAUUACCUGUCUCCGUCCUUCCUUCCUUCCUUCCUUCCUUCCUUCCUUCCUUCCUUCCUUCCUUCCUUCCUUCCUUCCUUCCUUCCUUUCUUUCUUUCUUUCUUUCUUUCUUUCUUUCUUUCUUUCUUUCUUUCUUUCUUUCUUUCUGCAAGACUUCUGAAGGAAACUAGCUACUGACUUCCUUUCCUUGCAUGCGGCUUCAGCUUGCAUUCUCAACAAUCUGGCCCCAGACAGUCCUAGCCAGUGAUGUCACUGGCGUCUUGGUUGUCAUCCUUCCUAGCUGCUUUGGCGCCUUCCCUGAGGUUGGCAGUAGCUGUGGACCACUCUCCUCUCCAGCUUGGCUCCCUCUGUGCCUCUGGUCUUCUCUUGCCUCUCUCUGGCAUGGUGAAGUCCCCUUUCAUUCCUAAGGCAGCCUUUCCUGACAUUGUUGUCCUCCAGGCUCCCUUUCAGAACUUUCUCCAUCUUUAGAAGGCUUUCUUUGACUUUUUUUUUAAAAAUCUGUAAGCGUUAUUGAGUAUUCUAGGUGACAGAGUUAAGUUAGAUCUAUCUUCUGUUGUGUAAUGUGUUAUACAUAUGAAUUUAUACUGUCUUCCCCUUGAAUCUUGUUAGUGAUUUGCUUUUAAAAUGCUUGUAAAAAGGGUUUUUGUUUUUUACAUUCUCACUGCUACUAUCUAGGCCUUGGAAUUCUUUUAUUUGUGUCUGUUAUGAUUUUUAUGCUCCAUAAAUGCAUGUUGUUUUCAAAUUAAA